GACUUCCAUCGGCCCACCAGUGUCACGGACUUUUGGUGAGUCGAAGAUCGGCGGUUCCUGCAAACAGGACAAACAAGGCCACGUGCCGGUCACCUGACCUGCAAUGUGUCUGGCAGCGAGCCUCGGCUGCCAGCUCGGACCGUCGGCCUCCCCGCAAUAAUGAGAGUCGGUUUGGUGCUCCUGCUCCAUUACCGUGAGGAAUGAGGGCGUGAGGAUAGCCCGGAUCCUGAGGGAGCUAAGGAUCUGGUAUUUAUCUGGAGCGUCGCUGGUCGAUCUCCUGUCCCCGCUUGUUGACAUCAAGUAUUCCCCUUGUCCACGUAUCUGGGACUCCUAAUUUCUGCACGGCCGAACUGCUUCGUUGAAUUUUACCUCUGCAACGCCUUUAUUCGUAUUUCAUCAUGGCGGCCGAAGAUCUUAUCACUCUUACAUACCUAGAUCGUAUCGCGAUCAUUACAUUCAAUCGCCCCGAGAAGCUGAACGCCCUCAAUGCAGACCUCUACUACCUGCUCGGUGAGCGGUUACGGGAAAUUGAGAAGCGAGAUGACAUCUUCGUCACCAUCCUGACAGGAACUGGUCGUUACUUCUCCGCCGGAGCAGACGUGAACUCUACCCGGCCAGGCGGCGGCCUGAACAGCGACUCCCGGCGAGAGAUAGCCCGUACCUUCGUCGUCAACAACCUCGACCUCACCCGCACCGUCUACAACCACCCCAAGAUCCUCGUCGCCGCACUCAAUGGCCCAGCAGUCGGUCUCUCUGCGGCUCUCGUGGCCUUCGCCGACUUUAUCUACGCCGCCCCGCACACCUUCCUCCUGACCCCAUUCUCCUCCCUCGGCCUCGUCACCGAGGGCGGCGCCUCCCGCGCCUUCGUCGAGCGCCUGGGCAUCUCCAAGGCCAACGAGGCGCUUAUCAUGAGCAAGCGGAUCACCUGCGAGGAGCUGGUGGCCACCGGCUUCGUGAACAAGGUCAUCUCCGCUCCGUCCGGUAAAUCCGAUGACUCGGCGGGGUUCCUUAAGAAGGUCCUGGAGGAGGUCGACGAUCGUCUAGGUACGCAUCUGAACCAGUCGAGUCUGCUCAAGAUCAAAGAGCUCAUUCGUCGUCCGGAGCGGGAGCUGCUCGACCGUCAGAAUACGUAUGAGGUUUUUGCCGGCAUGGAGCGCUUCGUCAAGGGGUAUCCGCAGGAGGAAUUCCGCAAGUUGGCCUCGGGUGAGAAGAGGCAUAAGCUGUAGAUGCUGAGAUUCGCAUUGUAGAAAUGGCAUAGUAUUGAUUCUUAGACAAUGCAAUUCAUUGUCAAGGAAUACGGAUUUGGACAGGUACAUGUGAUGAAUUCUACGCAAUAGCGAAACUAUGGAACAUAGAGAUCUUGCCAUAAGAAGCAAUCAUUUCUUAAACGGAAACGCUGUUGAUACAUGUAAAAC